GCGGGGAGAGCGAGUCCGCGCGGGGCCGCAGGGAGCCACGCUCCCGGUCAAGGUAACCUCGGUCCGUGGUCGCUGCGGGGAGCCCGGCUGGACUCGCGUGACCAUGUGGCGCCUGCUGGCCCGCGCCGCUGCGCCCGUCCUGCGAGUGCCUUCGUCAGAUUCUUGGGCAGCCCUCCCCGCCAGCGCUGGCCUGAAGACGCUGCUCCCGGUGCCGACCUUCGAGGAUGUUUCCAUUCCUGAAAGGCCCAAGCUUAGGUUUGUUGAAAGGGUGCCACUUGUGCCAAAAGUGAGAAGAGAACCUAAAAACUUGCGUGACAUACGGGGACCUUCGACUGAAGCUACUGAAUUCACAGAAGGCAAUUUUGCGAUCUUGGCACUGGGGGGUGGUUACCUCCACUGGGGCCAUUUUGAAAUGAUGCGCCUGACAAUCAACCGCUCUCUGGACCCCAAGAACAUGUUUGCCUUAUGGCGUGUACCAGCCCCUUUCAAGCCCAUCACCCGUAAGGGAAUGGGACAGCGCAUGGGGGGCGGCAAAGGCGCCAUUGAUCACUACGUGACUCCCGUGAAGACUGGCCGCCUCAUAGUAGAGGUGGGUGGACGUUGUGAAUUCAAAGAGGUACAAGGUUUCCUUGACCAAGUUGCCCACAAGUUGCCCUUCCCAGCAAAGGCCGUGAGCCGUGAGACUCUAGAGAAGAUGCGGAAACAUCAGGAAGAGCGAGAACGGAACAGCCAAAACCCCUGGACCUUUGAGCGGAUAGUCACUGCGAACAUGCUGGGGAUACGGAAAUUCCUGAGCCCAUAUGACCUGACCCAGAAGGGGCGAUACUGGGGCAAAUUCUACUUGCCUAAACGUGUAUAGUGAGACUAUGAGAACUAAAUGUACAGAGAAGGAACCUACGCUUUUGUUCCCCUCAGCUACCCUGUCUUUGGGUAGCUCUGAUGUCAUAACCAAGGAAACACAUGAGUGCUGUAGAUGAUUUCUGAAAAAUUGUACAAUAUCUGCAGAUUUAAAUGCAUUAUAUUUAUAUUAAAUAAAAUUUUGAAUAUCACCUCUA